UGCAUCGUGUCCUUCCCGCGGACUGGUCACAUUUAUAUCUUGGAAGAAGUCUUCCGGAUGCUGUCGCAUGGUCCUGGGGGCGAGCAUGUGAGCUGAACCAUGCCGGGACGAAGUUAUGUGAUUAAGAGAUGUGGCAACAAGAUUGUUGAAGGUGCAGAGGAAUGUGACUGUGGUUCCAAAGAAGAAUGCCAAAAAGACCCGUGCUGUGGGCGAGACUGCAAAUGGAAGGAAGGCGUCAACUGUUCCACCGGGCUUUGUUGUCACAAAUGUAACUUUCUCCCAUCAGGAUAUGUGUGUAGGCCGGAAGAAAAUGAAUGUGACCUUGCCGAGUACUGUGACGGGCUCUCAGGUUUAUGUCCGGAGGAUACUUACAAGCAAGAUGGAACUCCCUGUAAAUAUGGAGGAGUUUGUUUCAGUAAGAACUGCAGAUCCAGGUACAUGCAGUGCCAGGGUAUUUUUGGACCGACUGCCAGGGAGGCUCCUUACCAAUGUUAUGAAGUAGUUAAUACAAUGGGCGAUCAGUAUGGUAACUGUGGCAUUAAUAUUAGUCAAUAUAAUAGGUGCACUCGGGACAACGCAGUCUGUGGCAGGCUACAGUGUAUCAACGUUAGAGCCCUCCCCAGUUUGCCAGAUCACUCUACUCUAUUGAUCACCCAUAUGAAGGCAGACAAUCUCAUAUGCUGGGGCACAGGCUACCAUGGAGAAUUAAUAGCCCAUGGGAUACCUGACAUAGGUGUGAUUAAUGAUGGCACCGCCUGUGGCCAUAAGAAGGUGUGCAUUAAGGGAAAGUGUGUUAACUCUGCCACCAUCAUGUUUGACUGCUUGCCUAGCAAGUGCAAUAGCCGAGGUGUUUGCAACAAUAAAAGGAACUGCCACUGCAAGUAUGGCUGGGAGCCCCCGUUCUGUGAAGAGGUAGGACUUGGCGGGAGCAUUGACAGUGGACCCCCUGGACCAAUGGCAGAGGAAAUGCCCGCAUCGUUUCAAGCUGUGUAUAUCAUGAUGCUGCGUAUUAUUUUCUUCGUCAUCUCAGUGAUCGUUGUGUACCUUAGGCAGCUGAUUAAAAAAUGGGUUUAUGACCGCCAGCAGAAAGAAACAGUCGAAGAAGCAAAGGAUGUCGGGUCAGAAAUGUAACCAGGCAAGCCUGUCAUCUGGUACAUUUGGUUCUCUAACAAGCGUAUCAUUUAUUCACACAUUGUUCAUUCUCUUCCCAGAAUGAUUUUAUGCAAAUUUCCCCUGAGUUUAAAAUCAACAAAAAUAAAUGAUAUUCUUGUGCGGAAACAAAUCAGUGCAUUUUUUCCCCCUUAGGAUUCAUUUUCCCUUCAGUUCGGGAUCAAGCGUUAGAUUACCUGGAAAGACUCCUAAUGGCCUAUCUGAAUGUAGUUCAUGUCAGGGUUCAGGGUAUAGUCCUGUCUUAACAUCCCUGGGGAAGUGAGCUCAACUCUCCCCUGUGUGUCUUUCAGCUUCUUCGGGGCUAGGCAUCUACACCUACACAUAUGCACCUGCUACGUGUACCUGUGCACCUGCUGCAUGCACCUGUACACCUGAUACAUGCAACUGUGCACCUACUACAUGUACCGCACACCUGAUACAUGCACCUGUGUACCUGUUGCAUGCACCUGUGUCCUGAUGCAUGCACCUGUGCACCUGCUGUAUGAUACAUGGAAAUAGCACAUUUUAUAAAUGAAACAAACAAACACGUGUGACAAAGGUUGAUUCCUUCAGUGAGACUUUCUGUCAAGUCUCUCUGGUGGAUACAGCUCUGUCUAUUGCCAUGUGGUUUCUGACUUGGUGUUUGAGGUGAGCUCCAAUGGGCCCCACUAUCCUGAACUGUAAUGACACCUGCAUUCUGUACUGGCUAUAGAAGAUGACAGCCCUUAACAGUAUUGGUAGCAUGGCCAUUAACAAAAUUUAAUGUUUGCUGCAUGUAUUUUUUGGUAGUGUUUGUCAAUUUGACCCAAGCUAAAAUCUUCUGUGACAAGGGAAAGAACCUCAACUGAGACAAUGGCUCCCUAAGAUUGAGCUGCAGGCAAGUCUGUGGAGCAUUUUCUUGAUUCAUAGUUGUUGUGGAGGACCCAGCCCAUUGU